AUGGCUAACAACGUGACCGCUACCAGAGAAGCUACAAGGCGUACUCACACUUACAGUUUCCAUCGCGAAGGCUUGAUUCAGUUGGGGCAAUUGGGUGGAUUGAUCACUGGUCAUAAUAAAACUGUGUUCACUGAGAAUUAUGGAAACAUCUUGACUCUUUUGGACUCACACGUCGACGAAUGGGAGAAACCUGAUUUGAACAACAUUGCCAACGCUCUUUAUUUGAGCAUAGAAGACGUUCUUGGGAAUUGGAAGAAGAAUGGUAGCACUCAGGGUUUCUAUAUGAGUUUCUUGGUUGAGAAGGCCCAAGAGUUGGCUAGCAAAAAGAUGUGGGAGGCCUUCAACGCCCUUCUGGCCGUUUUGAUUUAUGGGAUCGUGAUGUUCCCUAACAUUCACAAGUUCGUUGAUCUGGCUGCUAUAUGUCUUUUUGUGGAGAAGAAUCCGAUCCCUACUUUGCUAGCCGAUACGUACUAUUCUGUUCACUCUCGAUAUGGGAAAGGAGGAGCCAUAAGAAAUUGUUUGCCGUUGUUGUACACCUGGUUUAAGUCCCACCUACCUACAAGUGGCCCUUUCGUUACUUCUACUCAGAAAUGGCAUCAAAGGAUCAUGGGGCUUACUGGAAAUGACAUUGUCUGGUGUCCUACUGGGAUGGACGUAGAGAAAGUUAUAACUAGCUGUGGUACUUUUGACAAUGUUCCCCUCAUAGGAACAAAAGGUGUUAUCAAUUAUAAUCCUAAGCUAGCGCUGCGUCAAUUGGGUUUUGCACUUGAAAACAAGCCUUUAGACAAAGAAAUAUUUGAAUCCGUUUGCUUUGAGAAGGGAACCGAUCUAAAAGGUUUAGAAAAAGUGAUGAGUGCCUGGAAUGACAUCCAUACAAGUGAUCAGAUUUCUCUAGGUGGGAAGAAUGCCGUUGCCAAACAAGCCUACACGGAUUGGGUUGAAAAUAGAGUUAAAGAUCGCUUGUUGCCUUUCCCGAAGGUUAACCCGUUGUACGAGCAACCACCUAAGAUUCCAAUUGCCACUAUGCCUGCUGAGAAUCGUACCCAGGUAGAUUUGGAGUGCACCCAAUUGCACGAAAAGAAGUCAGAUGCGCAACCGAAACAUUGUCUUGUGGAUCAGAAAAGAGUUGAGUUGACAUACGAAGCCAAAAUGCUGAAGGGAGGAUCUUCCAGAGUUCAAAAGAGGGCUAGAACGGAAAAAGGAACCCUAGCAAACCCUCCCCUGGUUUUGGGUAGGUGUUCAACAUCUGGUCUUCUUGUCUCCGAUUGCCCCCAAUUCGAGCAUGCUGAAUUCUCUCAUAUGUUACAGCAGCCUUUAGAUCCACCAUGA